AUCGUCACUCAUGUAAAACCUAUCACCACUAUGGGCACGGUAGCUCUGCAAGUAUCCAAUUUGUUUGACUUUAAUUCUUCUCUUCAUUUUUUUGCAUCUGUCUUACUAGUCCAUGCCUGUUCUUGUUCGGUUGAUGAGGAGCCUCGGCCGAAACGUCUCCUUACAAGCUGCAAGAUGUGUUAGUGGUCGAAGUCACUAUCCUGUCAGAACGGGGCCGCUGUCGUUGGGAUUGACCACUGCAUACCACUUACAGCAACAGCAUCCAACGCAUCUGGAUGGCCUACGGACUCAGUCAAGAUUCAUCGCAUCCACGCCUGAAGUCAUUUUUGAAGAAGACAGCAUAUAUGCAUUGUCAACAGCACAAGGUCGGGCCGGAAUUGCGGUGAUACGCAUAUCCGGCCCUGGGUGUGCAGAUGUUUACAAAGGGCUUUGUCCGAAUAAACCGCUCCCAAAACCUCGCUAUGCGGCUGUCAGGACACUCGUGGACGCCCAGGCCGGUGACGGCGGCCCAAUCCUAGACUCAAAUGCCCUCGUUCUCUACUUCGCCGGCCCCAGAACGGUAACCGGAGAAGACGUCCUGGAACUACACGUUCACGGCGGUCCCGCAACAGUCAAGGCGGUCCUCGCAGCGAUCCCGAAGUGUCCGUCCGACAGCCUGAUACGGUACGCCGAGCCCGGCGAGUUCACCAAGCGCGCCUUCCUCAAUGACAGGCUUGACCUGGCCCAGGUCGAGUCCCUCGGCGACACGCUCUCCGCCGACACAGAGCAACAGCGCCGCGCCGCGGUGCGAGGUAGCUCGGGCGUGCUAGGACGCACCUACGAGAGCUGGCGCGAACAGCUUCUGCUCGCCCGGGGCGAGAUCGAGGCCCUCAUCGACUUUGCCGAGGAUCAGCACUUUGACGAGUCGCCUUCGGAACUAAUGAGGAACGUCUCGGCGCUCGUAGCCAAUAUGCGGCACAGCAUUCGAGUGCAUGAGGCUGCCAGUCAGCGUAGCGAGCUAUUGCGGAACGGCAUACAGAUCGCCCUUCUCGGCCCGCCCAACGUCGGCAAGAGCUCGCUGAUGAAUUUGAUCGUCGGGCGCGAGGCUUCGAUUGUGUCAAUGGAGGCGGGCACCACGCGGGACAUCGUCGAGGUAAGCCUCGAUAUCCGGGGGUACCUCUGCUCCUUUGCAGAUACGGCUGGCAUCCGGACCAAGUCCUCUCUGAGCCUGGGCGGUGACCUCUCCGAGCCUGCGCUGGGGGUUGUUGAGGAGGAGGGCAUUCGCCGUGCGAAACAGAAGGCGUCGGAAUCGGACAUCAUCAUUGUUUUAGCGGCGGUGGAGCCGGGGCGCGACGGGGGUUUCCGGAUCAACUACGACGCAGAGACGUUGAGGCUCGCGUCGGAGGCUCAGUCAUGCCUCGUCGUCGUGAACAAGCGAGACGCCGUUGAUGGGCCUACCUUCGCCGACCUCAUUGGCCGAUUCAGGAGCGAAGUAGCCGAUCACGCCCCGGGUAUGGCUCGGGCAGAAAUCAUUACAAUUUCUUGCCGCGAGGCGCAGGCCAAGGCCACAAGUCAAAAGGAUCCCGGUGCCAUCCACGGGCUCAUCGACCAGCUGGUCGAUUCAUUCGCGGGCAUGACGUCUCUGCCCACAGAUCAACAAGAUCUGCUGGGUGUCACGGCAAGACAGGCACAGCUGCUUGAGCAGUGCCGCGGCUUCUUGGACGAUUUCAUGGCGGCGGCGCACCCCGAGGAAGAAGGCGAGGAGCCGGAUAUCGUCCUUGCGGCGGAACACCUCCGGUACGCGGCAGACUGUCUCGCCAAGAUCACCGGCCGCGUUGAGUCGGGCGACGUCGAAGAGGUCCUUGGUGUAAUCUUCGAAAAGUUUUGUGUAGGAAAAUAGUGAUUAGACAACUAUCAGGGCACGGACAGCGAAGUCGUCGCUUUUCUAAUGAAAUCUAAUAUAUCCGGGGGAGUUUGAGAGAGGGAGGGGGAGGAUACGAGAUGGCAAGGCCACCAACGAAAAGAGCAAUUCUACUCUAUGCCCAUGCCUUCUAUGCAAUUUCAAUCAUCAAAAGAAACGAGGGAUCCACCACGAUGCUACCAUGCGUAUCCUGAACUCCGGCCCAAUGCAUGAGGAAGGAAACGAAAAGAGAAGCCGCCGCCAGUACUAUUGCCUCCUGGCUCCCGCGUUUCCCUCCCGGGGGGGGGGGGGGGGGG